AUGGUUAAAGCUGUUGUUCUCGGGGCUUCUGGUGGCAUUGGCCAGCCCCUGUCCCUCCUCUUGAAGGCUUGUCCUCUUGUCGACGAGCUCGCCCUGUACGAUGUCGUCAAUACCCCUGGCGUCGCUGCGGACCUUUCUCACAUCUCCUCGGUUGCCAAAAUCUCUGGUUACCUUCCCAAGGAUGAUGGAUUGAAGCAUGCCUUGACUGGCGCCGACGUGGUUGUUAUCCCAGCCGGCAUUCCCCGUAAACCUGGCAUGACUCGUGACGAUCUUUUCAAGGUCAAUGCCUCGAUCGUUCGUGACCUCGUCAAGGGCAUUGCCGAAUUUUCCCCCAAGGCUUUCACUCUCGUCAUUUCUAACCCCGUCAACUCCACCGUCCCCAUCGCAGCCGAAGUGCUCAAGGCCGCUGGAGUCUUCGACCCUAAGCGCCUGUUUGGUGUGACCACCCUGGAUGUUGUUCGCGCCGAAACGUUCACGCAGGAGUUCUCUGGCCUCAAGGAUGCCUCCAAGGCAACUGUUCCGGUCAUCGGUGGUCACUCCGGCGAGACUAUUGUGCCCCUGUUCAGCAAGGUUUCCCCGGGCUUCCAGAUCCCUGCUGACCGCUACGAUGCCCUUGUCAACCGUGUUCAGUUUGGCGGCGAUGAGGUUGUCAAGGCCAAGGAUGGCGCUGGCUCCGCUACCUUAUCCAUGGCCUUUGCUGGCUUCAGAUUCGCUGAGGCCGUGAUCAAGGCCACCAAAGGCGAAAAGGGCAUCGUGGAGCCUACUUUUGUUUACCUUCCCGGCGUAGCUGGUGGCGAUGAAAUUGUCAAGGCUACUGGGGUGGAGUUUUUCUCUACUCCUGUGGAGCUUGGUCCCAACGGCGCGGAGAAAGCUGUCAACAUUAUUGACGGCGUGACCGAUCAAGAGAAGAAGCUUCUCGAGGCUUGCAUCAGCGGACUCAAGGGCAACAUCGAAAAGGGCGUCGAGUUCAUCAAGAAUCCCCCACCAAAGUAA